AUGAUACUAAACUCCCAUGAAUUGUCCACUGGAUGGACCUUCCGAGAUCGUGAUGCAGAGGAGGAGGAGUGGAUGCCCGUACCCAAGGUGCCUUCGGUCGUGCAACAAGAUCUCCUAGCCAACAAAAAAUUGGAAGAUCCCUUUCGAGGGUUCAAUGAGCUUAAAGCACGCUGGGUGAAUAAGAAAUCUUGGAUAUACCGCAACACCUUUGAAAAGCCCGAGAUCCCCGAAAAUGCUCGCAUUGAAUUGGUCUUCGAGGGCCUUGAUACAUUUGCCACUGUGAAACUUAACAAUCAAAACAUCUUACAGUCCGACAACAUGUUUUUAGGACACCGUGUGGACGUAACGAAAGCAAUGGAGGCCGAGGGCGAGUACACACUGGAGAUUGAGUUCGACUGUGCUAAGCUUAAAGCCCAGGAAAUCAGGAGCCAACACCCUUCCCACAAAUGGGUUGGUUUUAAUGGAGACAUGUCUCGUCUGGCUGCCCGAAAGGCUCAAUACCACUGGGGUUGGGACUGGGGCCCAGUGCUGAUGACCGCAGGCAUCUGGCGCCCAGUGCGACUGGAAAUCUACACAGCGCGCGUUCAUGAUGUAUGGCCCCAGGUGAAGCUUUCAGCCGAUCAUUCUGUGGCUGAAGUCCUCACUGUUGCUCGUUUCGAAGCAAAUGAAAGUGAUGACUACAAGGCUCGAUUUUGUCUAAGUCUUGAUGGGUAUACAAUAGCCACUCAGGACAUCCCUGUGUCUAGUGAUAAUGAAGCUAGAGUUUCGUUUCGUGUAAAUCGACCGAAGCUUUGGUGGCCAAACGGAUACGGUAACCAGACUCGCUACACAAUAUCGGUCCAUCUGCUCCGCGGAGAGGAGUUUCUUGAUGAACAGUCAAAGCAAUUCGGUAUCCGCACAGCUGAAGUGAUCCAAAGAGUGGACAGCCAUGGAAAGUCUUUCUUCUUCCGCAUCAACGGGAUGGACAUUUUCUGUGGCGGCUCCUGUUGGAUACCCGCAGAUAGUGUUCUGACCAACAUUACCUCGGAUAAAUACCGCAGAUGGAUCGAGCUUAUGGUGGAAGGUCGCCAGGUGAUGAUAAGAGUUUGGGGCGGUGGAAUUUAUGAAGACGAGGCAUUUUAUGACGCUUGCGAUGAGUUAGGAGUAAUGGUUUGGCAAGACUUCAUGUUUGGAUGCGGCAAUUAUCCAACGUGGCCGACUCUUCUUGACUCUAUCCGGCAGGAAGCUGUCUACAAUGUGCAGAGACUUCGACACCACCCAUCAAUUGUGAUUUAUGUUGGAAAUAACGAGGACUAUCAGGUGCAGGAAUCAGUGGGUCUGACCUAUGAUUACAACGACAAAGACCCAGAAAGCUGGCUCAAAACAGACUUCCCUGCUCGUUACAUUUACGAAAAGCUACUACCAGAAGUCGUGACAGCUCAUGCUCCAGACACGUUCUAUCACCCUGGUAGCCCGUGGGGCGAUGGGAAACUUUCAUCGGAUCCCACAGUGGGUGACAUGCAUCAAUGGAAUGUCUGGCAUGGCACCCAGGAGAAAUACCAGAUCUUUGACACCCUGGGUGGCCGGUUUAAUAGCGAAUUUGGCAUGGAAGCUUUCCCACACAUGUCAACUAUCAAUCAUUUCGCUGAAAACGAAAACGACCGUCACCCCCAGUCAAGAUUGAUGGAUUUUCAUAAUAAGGCUGAUGGUCAUGAGCGACGGCUGGCAACCUAUCUGGUUGAGAAUUUUAGAGCUCCAAAAGAGAACAGCUUGGGGGCAUACAUAUAUCAAACCCAGGUUAUGCAAGCUGAAACCAUGAUGUUUGGUUACCGUGGCUGGCGCCGACAAUGGGGUAAUGAACGACACUGUGGAGGGGCUCUCCUUUGGCAGUUGAAUGAUUGCUGGCCCACUAUUUCUUGGGCGAUUGUUGAUUAUUUCCUGCGACCGAAACCUGCUUACUAUGCCGUGAAACGAGUUCUGAAUCCUGUAACUGUCUCAGUCAGACGUGAGCAUCAUGAUUGGAGUGUGGUCCAUGCCCAGCCACCACUGACCAGUAAGUAUGAGCUAUGGAUCGCCAGCAACAAACCCCACGUUAUUCGUGGGACUGUGGAGCUACGGUUCAUUUCUAUCGAUACUGGAGCAGAAUUACGGCCUCCGAUUUUGCGGCAGGAUAUCGAGAUUGUUGCAAAUGGCACAACCGACAUCAUCACAGAUGGCAUAAUUGAUCACAUCGCGGAGCCUGAACCACACGUGCUGGCCGCCCGAUUGUGGGUAAACGACGAACUUGUGUCCCGAGAUGUUGAUUGGCCACAGCCAUUCAAGUAUAUUGAUCUUCCAGAUCCACAGCUACAGGUCACAAUUUCAAGAUCGGCCUCUGAUGAUCAAGAUCAGACCCUGAAUCUAUCUGUUACUAAGCCUGUCAAAUGCCUGGUCUUUGAAGAAGGGGACGGAGUCAAGUUUAGUGACAAUGCGCUGGACAUGGUACCUGGGGAUGAGCAACAGAUCACGAUUUCAGGAAAUCCAACCAUCGUAUCCGGUCUGACAUUUAGAUUCCUCGGCGGCGAUGCCGGUUACAAUCUAAGUGACUUCACCGGUCUUCAGAUCGGGACGGAUAAUGGAAAUUCCUAG